AUGCCAUAUCGUCAGGAUGUGAACUUUCUGCAGCGUGGAACAAUACAGACACGUGGUACUGGCCACAAAAUCGGUUGUCAUUUGCAACAGGAAAUUUUUCAUCAAACAGCCCAGCAUAAACGAGCAUUGCUCGACGACGAUCUGGAUAAAGUGGAAAAGUCUACGAUUAUCAGUCUGACGAAUACGAUGAAAAGCGCAAGCUGUAUCCCCGAGACUCUAGAAGAACGAACCCACCAGGGGUACCCGGAUCUACAAGGUGUUCAGUUGAGGGUGAUCACAGAUCCGUGGCCACCGUACAUAAUCAAGAGUGCGCAUGCUAAUGGCAGCUAUUACGUCACGGGAUUCUCCCUUGAUCUGCUGGAGGAAGUCAGACAGCUGCUAAACUUCACGUAUGUUCUGGAAUAUGAGCAUGAUGGUUGGGGACAAACUUGUGAAGACGGAAACUGGUCUGGCAUGGUGGGGCUUCUUCAGAGACGGGAGAAAGACUUAAUCAUUGGGGCUUUAGGUCACCAGCCUGAACGUACCGCCGUCAUGGACUUCAGUCUGAUCUAUGACGAGAUCUCGAUCACCAUGUGGAUACUGGAUCCGCGUCAAAGACCCCGGAUAUGGCUGGCCUUGUUCGACAUGCUGGACUUAGCAGUGACGGGACUUCUAUUGGGCACCAUAUGCCUGUUAUCUGUCAUCCUUACCCUCUCCUCUAUGACUGUGCCUAUCGGACAUCAACCGGAGUCCCUGACAAGUUGCUUUGUUACCAAAGUGUUCACACUGCUGGGAGCGAUUCUUGCGCAAGGAUCUCGAGUUCAACAAGCGACUUCAACAGGAAAAACGAUUAUAGCUACCUGGUGGAUGUUUUCUGUGGUGUUCUCCAUCACUUAUAGUGCCAUGUUGAUUGCCUCCCUCAGUGCCAACACCACGCAGCUUCCGUUUGAUAGUGUGGCAUCCAUGAUAAAGCAGACGGAAUACUCUUAUGGUAUUUUUGGAUCUGGAACUGAACAAAUGUAUUUCAAGGUAAUACCAUAUAAAUAA